GUGCAGUAAAAGUUGCGAAAUUGAAGAGAUGUCUUCUGAGGAAAUGUUGAGCGUUGGGGGAAGUGAGGAAGUAAGGGCUUUGGAGUAUGGUGACGUGGAUAUGACUAGUGAGUCAUUUGACUUAGAGAGGACGGAGGAAGGGGUAGGAGGAAGUGAGAUGGCUGGGGUUCAGGGAGAAGGGGUUCCCGUAAUUGUAUUAGAAGUGGGAGGUAGAAAUGAAAGGUGUUAUGAUUUUGAGGCAGAUAUCGUGUUUGAGGUUAAGGAGUAUGAGUCUGAACUUAGGACCAGGGAUAGCUUGGGUUAUUUAAGAGAGACUUAUGAAAUUUCUUCUCGAGUUCUAAUUAAGCCUGUUGCUAUGGAGGAAAGGGCAUGCUCUGCACCUCGAGAUCAUUGGAUGCUUAUGUAUGCCCAUUAUUUGGCAGCGGGGUGUAGGUUUCCCAUUGCUGAACUCCUAAUGGGGUUAUUGUUAGAUUAUAGCAUAGGGUUGACGCAACUAGCCCCCAAUGCUAUGAGGUGUGAGCAGCUGCAAAAGGAGAAGGAUGAGCUGGAGAAGAAGAAUAAGGAGAUGCAGGAAACACUGGAUGAGGUGGUACCAGCAGUGAAACAGCUUCAAGAUGAGAAAGAUUCACUGAGUACUAAGCUUGUUUUUGAAGAGAGAAAAAGAAAGAUCUCUAAAAAUGAGUGCAAUGCUCAGGAGAAGGAGAUAAAAAAGAUGAAAGAAGCUAAGGUCGAGCUGAAGAAGAAUAUGGAGUUGCUAGUACAUAAUGCAAUAGAGAAGCACAUUGUAGAGUUCUUGAAGUCUGGUAAAUUUGAUGAGAAAGUGAACUUGUACUGGCUGCCCACUACAAUCCUAGCCUUCACGGACUGUAGAAAGAAGGUGAAGUCGCAAUAUCCCAAAGUGGAUGUCAUGAGCAUCACCUUUGGUGAACAAGAAAAAGGGGUGAAAGACAAUGGCGAAAGCAUUGGAAGAAGAGGUUGUAGAGGUAGAGGGUACAGAAGAGGAAGGGAUCCAGCCACCUCAUCCAGUGGAAGUGCAUACAAUUCUGUCAGAAGAGGACCAGCCAACUCAUUCAAAAGUGGGAUAGCCACCUCUUCGUGUUGAGGAAGAGCCACCUCAGCCACCUCUUCCUAUUGAGGAACAGCCACCUCCUUCAGCAAAGUAGUUAGGGUGUCCAUUUCUUUCUUAUGUUAAAAUUGGAACAAUUUUUAUUUUGAACAUUUUGUAAUAUUUAUUACUCAAUUUUAAAGAAAAUUUUUUAAAAUUGUGUAAUGCUUGUUUUGUACUUUAUUUGUUUUAUAUCGAGAUAAGAAUUGAGAUGAUGUAAAUCACUUCGAAUGUAAAGUGAAAUUCAUUAAUAAAAGUGAAGUCUUAAG